CUCGGCCUCCUGCAUAGCGGUGCGGGGUCCAUCGCUGAACGACCUGUGUGUUUCAUAACGCAGCGAGCGGCUCCUGUGCUUCCAAAGCGGCCGAGACUCCGCGCAGUUCGGUCGUCCGCCAGGUUUCGUAUAGGUUCGGGAAGUCUGUGAGCAACCCCGUAAAGAUGAUUCGUUGCGCCAUGAACAGAUCCCGCACUGCCAUGGGGACGCUUAUAGCUCGGUGCCGCCCACAGGCCCCUCAGACUGGGGGCAGGAGGCAACUGUGCAUCAAGCCACAGGAGGAAGGGUCCAAGGGGCAGCCCAGCGUCCCCCUGGCCAAGGCUUCUGCACAGGCUACGCACCGCAUCCCUGGCUACAGACCCUCAGACUUUGAUAAGAAAAUCCUUGUCUGGUCUGGCCGCUUCAAAUCAGAGGAUCAGAUUCCAGAGAUGGUCUCGAUUGAGAUGAUUGACAUGGCCAGGAACAGGGUGAGGGUGAAGGCUUGUUACGUCAUGAUAUUUGCAACCAUCGUUGCUUGCGUGUGUAUGGUCGUCUUGGGCAAACAGGCAGCAGCAAGGAAGGAGUCUCUGACGACCUGGAACUUGGAGAAGAAAGCACGCUGGCGUGAGGAAGCUCAGCAGCAGGCUGAUAUAACCCUGGCUAGUGGGAAGACGCAGUGAAACCUCACCUUCCCAUCUCAGAUCACAUCUGUUGUGGUGUUGGUUAGAGUGCCACCUCUAGGCCACAGCAGGCAGGUGAAGGUACAGUUCUAUGUGUCUCAGCAUCCAGCAUUUGCUACCUGCAAAUCAAGUAACCUUUGCAGCAGUUGUAGAUAAAAGUACCCAGUGAGCUUUCAGAUGUUUUAUAUGUAAUGUCAUUUGUUGGCUGUAAUUCUAGUAAACAGUUUCUCACCUGAAUGAUUGUACAAAUUGUUGUUCCUGUUUCUUAAAGCUGUGAUGAUGGCACAAAGGGAACAAACUGUCAGGUGUCCAGGUUUAGCACUCCUUGUCCUGUAUUUCAGCUAUAUGUAUACAUUAUACAAGAAAUAAAUACACAAAGGUCUUAA